UCCAUUAGGCUAAUAUUUUAUUUGACGCAUGACGAGCUUCGUCGGACGUGUUAAUUGGCUGUUAAAUAGAGUGUUUCUAAAAUCUAGAAGAAAUUUCGGGGGCCCAGCAUUGUUCGGGCAUAUCAGAACCUGCUUCAUUUGCUUCGGCGGAUUGAUUGGAGGUUACUAAAUGGCGAUAAUCAUGUCAGAUGCGGAGAAUUCGCCGCCACUUGUCGUUAGUUAACACGGCAGAGCAUAGGAUAUUCGAGUGACCGUGCAAAAGCUGUCGGGAUAAGACGAAAAAGCAUAAAACUUGCGGUCUUGCUGCGUGACGAACAUAUGGUGCUUGUCUAUGCCGCGUUACGAGCCGGGAAACUGUCUCGGCGAACUAAUUGUGGCCACAUCAUCUGGCCUUGAUAAAAAUACGCAAUCAGCUGUCCUGCUUGUUUAUUUCUUCCGAUAACGACAGUUCUGUACACUUCUCUUCGCCUGUCAGUUUAAUAGAUCUUGACGUGUCAUCAACCAUCUCCGAAGAAGCAUCGAACGGUUCGGAAAAAGAUUUACCGUUCUCUAAAUCUAGUUCGCAGUCGCGAGAUAAAAUUAUGAUUCAUCCUCGCAAUCGCACAACGAACACGUCUGGCCACCUAACUGAAAUGAUAAGCUCGCAUAAUGCAUAAGUUUCAUCAAACUAUGUAAUGUGAUGUGUUAUUGAUUCGAAAAACGAUAAUACGUCUCAUGUGCAGAGAAAAGAUAGAAAUAAAUAAAAAGGAAAAGAAAGAAGCGAAAAGAUCUUGAGAGAAUCCGUGUGAUACAUCUUCGAUUCACACUUUCCAUAUGACAAUGGAAUUCUUGAAAUGAGAUGGAUUAGAUGGAAAAAAUUUUGGUGGACCAUGUGCGCUACUAAGAGUCUGAUAUCUUGACAAAAAGGGGAUUUAUUUUUUUUAGCAAACAAUGGCUUACCAUGCUUUUAUUUGGAGACUGUUGUUUGUGGCAUGUAGUAUACAGGCAUUAUGGGCCAUAUCGGAAGACGAUCCGUUAGAAUACAUGAGCAAGGAGGAGAGAGAAGCUUUAAAGGAAGAAGCAAGGGAUAUGUUUUAUCAUGCAUACAAUGCUUAUAUGGAUAAUGCAUAUCCCGCUGAUGAACUGAUGCCAUUAAGCUGCAAAGGGCGAUACAGAGGCUCAGAACCAAAUAGGGGUGAUAUAGAUUCUACAUUGGGAAAUUUUUCACUUACUUUGGUGGAUACGCUAGAUACAUUAGUGGUACUGGGAGAUUUGGAGGAAUUCGGAAAUGCAGUCAAACUUGUUGCUAGAGAUGUAAGCUUUGAUACAGAUGUUAUUGUUUCUCUAUUUGAAACUAAUAUUAGAAUGCUGGGAGGUCUUCUCAGUGGUCAUAUAUUAGCCGAAUAUCUACAGCAGAGGGCUGAUAUAAUGCCAUGGUACAGAGGAGAACUUUUGGAUUUAGCUAAAGAUUUAGGAUAUAGAUUUUUACCUGCAUUUAACACAACUACCGGAAUACCUUAUGGCAGAAUAAAUUUAAAACAUGGUAUGAAAGGAGUUCCUAUGGAAGUAUCGAGGGAGACAUGUACCGCUUGUGCAGGUAGCAUGAUAUUAGAAAUGGCUGCUUUGUCCCGAUUAACGGGUGAACCAAUUUUCGAGGAAAAAGCGCAGAAAGCCAUGGAUGUUUUGUGGCGAAUGAGACAUCGUGGUACAGACUUGAUGGGAUCCGUGCUGAACGUAAACUCUGGCGACUGGGUACGAAGAGAUUCCGGUGUCGGCGCUGGAAUAGACUCUUAUUAUGAAUAUUGCCUCAAGGCAUAUAUUUUACUCGGCGAUGAAAAAUACUUGGGGCGUUUUAACAAGCACUAUCAAGCUGUAAUGAAAUACGUCAGUCAAGGACCUAUGCUACUGGAUGUGCAUAUGCAUAGACCGAACACUAACUCGAAAAAUUUCAUGGACGCUUUGUUGGCCUUUUGGCCAGGUCUGCAGGUCCUGAAAGGCGACAUCAAACCUGCUGUGGAGACACAUGAAAUGCUGUAUCAAGUUAUGCAGAGACACAAUUUUAUACCAGAAGCGUUCACCACUGAUUUUCAGGUGCAUUGGGGACACCAUCCACUGAGACCGGAAUUUCUAGAAUCGACGUACUUCCUGUAUCGAGCCACAGGCGAUCAUUAUUAUUUAGGAGUUGGACGUAAGGUUCUCAAAAGUCUGCAAACGUAUGCAAGAGUGCCGUGUGGUUACGCAGCCGUGUCAGAUGUUAGAACAAACAAACACGAUGAUACGAUGGAUAGCUUUGUACUGUCCGAGACAUUUAAAUACUUAUUUUUAUUAUUUACGGAACCAGGAGAAUUGGUUUUAGACUUGGACGAAUUUAUUUUUACCACUGAGGGUCAUUUACUGCCACUCACGCUUGCUUCUAUAAGGACGAAUGUUUCAUCUCAGGAUUUCGAACGCAUGGAUAUCGUGCACGUAGACGAAUUUGACCGUACUUGCCCGAACAGUUUGCACUUAUUUCCCGCAUCAGUGAGACAACCUUUGAGGAAUAUGGUCGAAGACGUGUGCCCAAGGCGAUCGAUUAAACGAAGAUUAAGUGCAUCACAGUUUCAGGCGAAUAACUUGGAACAUCUGAAAAUGUUGAGUGAUAUGGGAAUAACAACUCUAACACUAGCAGAUGGGCGGGUUCAGCUUUUACACACAUUUUCUAAUGCGAAAACACCGCAGGAUUCGGAGGAAGGAUUACUGUUCAUGCAGGAAAUGGUCGAACUGAGUAAAAUGCAAACCCAACAGCCGGAAACUAAACCGCAAACCGUGACGUUUGUAAGACCUAACACGGACCCACCGGAAAAAGUUAUGCUGUUAGCAGGACCGGCGCAGUUCGGUCCUGAGUUACAGAGCUUCUAUAAAAUUAUCGGGAAGGUGAUAUUCACAUAUCCACCCGCAGCUUGCACAGAUCUGCUCAACGCGGACAAAUUGGCGGGCAAAAUAGUGAUCAUGGAUCGUGGAAAUUGCAUGUUUAUAGAAAAGGCCCGAAGAAUUCAACGAGCCGGUGCGCUUGCCGGAAUAGUGUUGGAUAACGUUGCGGGUUCAAGCGCGGCGACUUCGCCCAUGUUCGCAAUGUCUGGCGACGGAAAGGAGGUGGAUGACGUCACGAUACCCGUCGUGUUCCUCUUCUUCACAGAGGCAGCGGAGUUGAUGAGAGCUAUUAAUGCAGCGGAUGGUGAUCUUACUGUUACACUUGGAACGUAUUCAAAAGAAGAAGUUCAGCUGAAGGCGCCUACCGACUUAUCGCUGUUCGAACGUCUGAAAGGAUCGUUGAAAUCAUUUCUGUUCAGCCGACACAUGACUUCGCAGGCAACAGCUGUCGGAUCGAGUUUGGACAUCACGAUUCCUAUAAUUGAAUCGCUGGAGGACGAAGCCGACACAAUCGCUUCUCAUUACUUCCGUGCAGAAAUCAUCAAAGAUUCGCUCGGCGGUGAAGUAAGGAUCACUGCUGCAUCCGAAGAUGCGAUUAUCAUCUUGAGACCAGUUUCUACACCGGUGGAGAUCUUGUGGCAUCAACUGAAGGAAGUGUUCGUCAAUCAGAUAUUUAUCAACAGUAAACAAAACAAAGGUAUAAGAAUCAGAAGUUUUAUUUUGGAGAGCUAUUACAAUUGGGUGAACAAGGCGCGUGGCGUGCUUACCAAAACAUCACUGUCCGAGAAAGUUCGGUGGUUCUUAAACGAACUGCUGGUUGCACCAAACGCGUCCAUUAGAAAGAUGGGACAGCUAGCAGAAUCAAACAAGCAGAAGCUAUUGAAACAAUAUCUACUCACAAAUAUGGAUACUAUGGUACUGAAUUUGAAAACUGUAGCCACAAAGUUGAAGAAUAUGAAAUCGGUGAGACCGGAGAUGGAGCAAUUGCUGAAAAUCUCGGAAUCUGGCAUCGCGCAGGUUGAGAAUUAUUCAUUUCUACGACACUUAUUGACCGAUUUGUUUGACGAAGAAGACGAGGUUAUCAAUCAACACGUUGCGCUAUUGGAUCGUAUUCAUGCCGAAGUGCACACCACAUAUCAAGGAAUAUUAAUUGACGGCGUACAAAGGCACCUGGAGAAAUCGGGAGAGGAAGAUAGCUCGUAUUACGAUAUAUUGAUUACCGAUUUGCAGAAGAACCUGAAAAAUAUAGAUAAAGGAGAAAAUUUACUUGGAAAAACUAAGGAGAACGAUUUGGCAGUCGCAGAAUUUAUAAGCGACAGUAAUGGAGGUAAAUUAGAAUUCGAAGCUAAAAACAUCAAAAUCUUGAAGAAGGACAAGGAAUCGCGCAAUGAAAAAAUCGAGGAUUUCGAAUAUUUUAUACUCACGGAAAUAGAGAAAGCUGUAAAGUAUUCCGAGCAAAAUAUUUUACGGAAGUAUGAUCAAAGGGAUGCCACGAAAAAUGCUGUGACAGAAGACAAGAAAGAUAAGAACUCCGUCAAAUCCAACGAUAUUAUUCUGCACUCCUCUCAAAAUCAGAGCGAUGGCGAAGAUAGAAAGAAUAAAAUACAAAGCUCUCUUCAGGAUGAGAUAGAUUUUAUGCGACCAACAAAAGCAGCGAAAGCGAAACUCGAGGAAACGACCGUCAAAGACAAGGAAGAUAAGUCUUCUGUAAACUCUGCAUCGGAUGACAUUAAAAAGUUUCAUGUUUCUAAUAUGCCUGUAACUAUGGAUAUCUCCAAUGUAAGAACAACUACUCCCAACAAAAGACGAACUUUAUCGCAGCGUAGUGACAAUGACGUCAGUGAUACACAACAUAAUCGUGAAACUAAUUUAAGAGCUAAAUCAUCUGAUCAGAAAGAUUCAGGUCAAAGUAAAAUUAUACCGACUGAUCUACUGGAAGACUUUCAAAAGCCUGUAUGGGUUGCCAAUGAGGAGAGAGACUUCGCGGUAUUUCAGAAAAACUCACAGAUCUCAGACACGCAGCAUGGUACGAGAAAGCCAAGUGAUGUGAAGUAUAAGAAGAAAUAUGUGAAAGACACAGAUCAGGAAGCCAAAUCAAAAUCACAUACAGCUAAACAUAUCGACGAUGAAUUAUAACAAUAGCUUUUCAGAUUUAGGCUAAAUUAUAAUUAUUACGCGGAGACCGAGAAAUCAAUUUUCAACAGCCGUAAGGCUAUUGCAACUGAUAUUUUUGCACUAGAAUUCGGCUGUGUGCGUGCAGUGAACUUUAAUUGAUCUGUAUACACACAAUGUUCUAGCAAAAUACUCGAUAAAAAAUAAAUCGUCCGACUAUGUCGUAAUUCUAUGGAGAUUCUAUGAAUUCUAAACUGGUGCUUACGAGAAAAAUCUAUUUCAAUUUGUUACUUGAAGGAAGCCGGUGAUAUUGUAGAAUGUAUAAUAUGUAUUAUGAACGUAACCGGUGUGACUCAUAUGUGUUAAAGUGGUUGUGAAGUUGUAUUCUGAAACAGGGCGCUAACUGAUGUAUAUUUCGUGUAUUAUAGUAUAUCCUUAUAUACACACACCCCUAAAAGUAUGAUAGUGGCAAAUAUUCUUUCUUCCAUGAAAGCAAAUUCAUGUCCUGAUAAAUCUACAAUUUGUAUUAUAUAAUUGUAUAAUAUGACUGUAAAUCUCUUUAAGAAAAGAGGAUAGCAUUAAUAUUCCGUGAUAUAAGAGUAUGGUGGUAGCAUCAUGAGUUGGAAUAGACGCAUUAAUUUUGCUUUGACAUUUUGUACUAUUUUACUCCAAAGAUGUGCCAUGAUUAACGAUAAUAUGUUCACUCUAUACUGCAGUUUACAAUAAUGUUUAAUAUAAAAAUAAACAUGCUCAAAUCAGUUUUCAAUUUGUUCCAAGGACUUUAAAUGUUAAUCUUUUUCGCUCGUAUUAAUGUAAUGUCAGAAAUUGAUUUACAAAACGGUAUUUCAUCAGAAAUUGUGCGAUACUGAACUUUACGCCAGUAACAUAUUAUCCUAAGCUAUUAAUUAAAUAUUUAUAAUUUAUACACAAUUCUAAUAUUCUUAAUUUAAUAUAAAAAUAUUUAAAUUGUAUUUAAAAAGAAAUUUGCUACUUAAUGAUAAACGAUAUGUCGAAUAUAAUAUAGCAACUUAAAAAGAAUUUUUGUUGGCUGCAAAUAAGUUAAAGUAUGCCUUAAAUGUACAUAGGAUGUACAGAGAGAUAUGUGUCAGUGUAUAUAAUGUAUAAGAAGCACUGUGUUAUAUAAAGUAAAAUUUUAUUAUGGUGUUAUAAAUAUUUGAGAUAAGUUUGGCCUUUUGAUAACUUUCCGCUUUAUACCUUUUUUUACUUGUAAAUUUGUACACCGAUAUUAUACCUGAAUAUAUUCUAUGAAGUACA